AUGAAGUCCCCUCGCUCCUUCGGACCAUCACUGACGUUGACAGCGACAAUAUCGCUGUCGACUGGGAGAAUUGGACGCUCACCGCAUUCGCUAGGUUCCCCUGCAUCUCUCAGACAAACGACGGUGACCCGCGCCUCCUUUGUCCUGGUAUCCCAUUGCUUCCCACCCCCUCUCUUCCACCUCGACCGAAUGUGCGACUCCGAUACCCAACCUCUCAACGGACUCCAUGUGGUCUCAUAG